AUGUCACAGGAGGCGGAGAGUAGUGCCGGAAGUGAACUUCAUAUAAAGGUGCUUAAGAAUAAACUGAGGAUCCAGAGUUUGUACAUCUUUCAUUCAGGCAAGAUGUUGACGUACAGGGUGACUGUAACUACUAGUAGACAUGAGAUCGGGUUGGUUAGACAGAUGAUUUCUGAGGCAACAAACAGCAUUUACCUGACGCUGAUAGACUCAAAGGAUCAGAGCAGUGAAAGAGUCCUGGUCAACAAAUCCUAUUUUGGUGGUUUUGGUUUUUUUGAAAAGGAGUACUCCUUUGACGUCUGUGUGAAGAAGGACAUUGAAGACAUUGUCCAGGUGAAACUUGAAAAGGAGAAAAUCUUAGUCAAUUUUCUGCGGUUUUGUAAGCAUAUCAAAGUGAAAACACCCUCUGGAAAGUGCUUCGAGUUUCCCUGUCAGUGCUGGUUAGAGGACGAAAAGGAAGUGAUUAUCCGAGAAGGCACUGCUCGAUUGCCUCAGGAUGACACCGAAUUGCUUAAAAAGAAAAGACAAGAAGAACUGGAAUCUAGACGGAAACAAUUCGGGUGGACCGACACGGACCAUGGCUUCCCGAAGAGCAUGUCUGGUCUUCCUCCAGAAGUUCAGUUUGAUUCGGCAAAAAGUUUUGAGUUUAAUUUGAAUGUCCUGAAAGUGAUUGGGGAAUUUUUGCUUGACAAAUUUAAAGGUUUCAUUCAUUCCUGGAAAGACAUGGCAGAUUUUGAAAAUUUAUUGGAAGAUUUUAAUAUUAAGAACACUCUACUAGAGAAAGUGGUGCAAGACUGGAGUGAGGAUUACAUGUUCGGCUAUCAGUUUUUGAACGGCUGCAAUCCUGUCAUGAUCAGGAAGUGCAUGGAAAUCCCAGUCAAAUUUCCAGUCACACAUGAGAUGGUGAAGGGCUCUCUGAAGACAGGAGUCACUCUCCAAGAGGAAUUAAAGGUCAGAAACAAGCGAUUUCCCUUUUUUAAAUUUUAA